AUGGCUUUCGGUGAUAUCAGUACACGGCAUACAAACAUAAAAUGCGAAAUAUUUGAUCCUUUGUAUGCAGAGACGCGUGUCUGCCGCCUGAAUGUGCUGGGGCGUGGCAUUAUCGGAGCCAAUGUCCACAUUCAAAUCCACAAACUACCGAUUCGGAAGGUGAAAAUAAACUACAGUGUGUGGAAGAAAUUAUCCGGCUACCAUCCGUUCCUAUUUAACGUCACCGUGGACCUUUGCCACCACAUGAAGCACCCGAAUCCGUUGACCGUCUUCUACUACUUCUACGGUGCCUUGUUGCCCUUUAUCAACGUGAAUCACACGUGCCCCAUCAAUGUGAGUGUCUCGCAGCAUGACCUUAUUCUGAAGAAUUUCGUUUUGGAUAACCAAAUGUUUAGCAAAGUGCCCAUACCCAAAGGCAGCUAUAUGUUCAUGAUCAAAAUAAUCGCAGAUGGAGAAUGGAGGAGCACUAUCUACGACUACUUGGACGUUAAUGUGGAUGAUGGUCCCAGAACAAUGUCUGGAUAG